UCCCGUUUAAAGAUGCCGCUGCAAAGGAAACAAACGAGCCCAAACAGACGGAGAAUAAACAAGCUCAAAACAAUCAGCAUGGGAUAGAAAAAGUACACGUCUUCCUUUCUGAAGUCAGCUGUCAGGGUGUGUGCGACCGCAAACUGUGUCCGUGUAGAAACCUAAUACGUGGACCUUCUAGCGUUCCUAUGUUACUGGGAGUUUUGGAUGAGCAAACAACACCGGUGCGAGCACAACACAAGUUUAAUGUUGGCAGCCUUCAGAGAUACCUGAGUGGGACGUCUCUGGUGUCAAAUAACGACCCCCUGACCGUAAGACAGUACAGUGCUGGCCAGUCUAACCCAACCUUCUUGAUCCAGGCAACUUCAAGUUAUGUUCUCAGGAAGAAGCCCACCGGGGAGCUGCUUCCCGGGGCUCACAAGGUGGAUAGAGAGUACCGAGUGCAGAGGGCCCUUUUCUCUGCUGGUUUCCCUGUCCCUCAGCCCCUAUUGUACUGCACAGACGUGGAAGUAAUAGGAACAGAGUUCUACCUUAUGGAACAUAUGAAGGGCCGCAUAUUCAGGGAUUUACGGCUUCCUGGGAUGAGUCCAGCUGAAAGGACGGCUGUGUAUGCCGCCGCGGUGGAACUCCUGGCUAAGCUGCAUUCCCUGGACUUAAAGUCACUGAAGCUGGAAGGCUUCGGAAAGGGGCCGGGAUACUGCAAAAGACAAGUAUCCACCUGGACGAAGCAGUACACAGCAUCGGCCCACAGGGACAUUCCAGCAAUGAACGAGCUCUCUGAUUGGCUGAUGAGCAACUUGCCAGAUAAAGAUGAUGAGGUCACUCUGGUCCACGGAGAUUUCAGGCUUGACAACUUGAUAUUCCACCCAACUGAGGCUCGGGUGUUGGCGUUGCUGGACUGGGAGCUGUCCACCACUGGGAACCCUCUAGCAGACCUGGCCUACUUUCUCAUGCCUCUCUACUGGCCCCAAGAUCUCAACAUUACAAACUCUAUUGGCAGCCUUAAAGGAAUAGAAGGUAUUCCGGCUGCUGAUGACCUGAUCUCCAUUUACAGCAGAUGUCGGGGGAUCCCAUCAGGCUCUUUGCCUCAGCUGAAUUUCUACCUGGCUCUAUCUCUUUUUAAAAUGGCUGCCAUCGCUCAGGGUGUCUAUGCUCGGUACCUGCUGGGUAACGCCAGCGCGCCUGACGCAGGCCUGUUUGACCAGAAUGUUGAGCCCUUGGCUAAAAUAACCCUGCAGCUUGCCAAAAGCCCUCUCACAGGUCCCUCAAAAGCCGGACUCUUUCUGCAGACAGCUAAAGGCCAGGCUGUGCUUCAGCAGGUUAAAGACUUUAUGCGGCAGAGCGUGCUUCCUGCUCAGCAGGAAGUAGCAGAGUAUUACACUAAACAUGCAGCGUCUCCUCUGAGGUGGCACACCCCAAAAAUAAUAGAGGAGCUAAAGGAGAAAGCCAAGAAGGCCGGGCUGUGGAAUCUGUUCCUGCCUGCAGUCAGUGGACUCUCUCAGUUAGAUUAUGCCUACAUCGCAGAAGAAACGGGCCGCUGCCUCUUUGCUCCUGAUGUCUUUAACUGCCAGGCUCCUGACACAGGAAACAUGGAGGUGCUCCAUAUGUUUGGCACAGAGGAGCAGAAGAAGGAGUGGCUGGAGCCUUUACUCAGCGGAGAAAUCCGAUCCUGCUUCUGCAUGACAGAGCCUGACGUAGCUUCCAGUGACGCAGCAAACAUGGAGUGCAGUCUCCAAAGGGACAAAAACACCUACAUCCUAAAUGGCAAAAAGUGGUGGAGCAGUGGUGCAGGCAGUGCCAAAUGUAAAGUUGCCAUUGUGAUGUGCAGAAGCAGCUCUGAUGUUCAUCCAAACAGGCAUGUUCAGCACAGCAUGAUUCUUGUACCCAUGGACACACCCGGUGUAAAGCUCAUCCGGCCGCUCACAGUGUUCGGAUCUGAUGAUGCCAUCCAUGGUGGCCACUUUGAGGUGCACUUUCAAAAUGUGCGUGUUCCGGUGUCCAACAUGAUCCUGGGUGAGGGUAGAGGGUUUGAGAUCGCUCAGAGGCGUCUGGGACCAGGCAGGCUGCACCACUGUAUGCGAGCCGUUGGCUUGGCCGAGCAGGCACUGGAACUGCUGUGUCAGCGCGCUGCUUCCCGGAGAGCCUUUGGGAAAAACCUUUACCAGCAUGAGGUUAUCGCCCACUGGAUUGCAGAGUGUCGUCUGAUGAUUGAGCAGACCCGCUUGCUAACCCUCUCUGCUGCUCAUGCCUUGGAUACUACAGGCAGCAGAGCUGCUCGCAAACAGAUCGCAAUGAUCAAGGUGGCAGCAGCCAGGAUGGUCUGUAAGGUGGUGGACUGUGCCAUCCAGGUUCAUGGAGGCGCAGGAGUGUCAGGAGACGUCCCUCUUGCCCAGAUGUACUCCUAUGCACGGACUCUGCGAAUCGCAGACGGACCGGAUGAGGUGCACCUUUCCACCAUUGCAGCAUUAGAGCUGAAGGAUCAGUUUAAGCAGGCAAAGGCCAGACUGUAAAAGCUUUAAUCUCUGAAUUAAAUGUCUAUUAACUAAAUCUUAUUAUUCCUAAAUAUACAGGAUCAAGUACAUUAUCCAAAAUGCUAAUAGAAAAAAGUUUCUAUUAUUUUGAAUCAAUAUUUUAAAUGUUAAUGUAAUAAGUGGUUGUCUAAUUGAGGUGGCAUUGUAGAGAAAAACAAAAUGAGCUUUCUGGGUG